GGCGCGAAGACAGGCCUUUCCGGCGGCGUGGCUGAUGGCGGAGGCAGACGGCGACCUGGACCUGGAGAAUGAGGAGACGGAGCGGCCGGCGGAGAAACCGCGGAAACAUGACAGCGGCGCCGCAGACCUCGAGCGGGUGACCGACUAUGCCGAGGAGAAGGAGAUCCUCAGCUCGGACCUGGAGACUGCAAUGUCCGUCAUUGGAGACAGGAGAUCCCGGGAACAGAAAGCCAAACAAGAAAGGGAGAAGGAGCUGGCAAAAGUCAUCAUCAAGAAAGAAGACGUUGAACUCAUAAUGAACGAGAUGGAGAUCUCUCGGACUGCAGCUGAGCGCAGCUUGCGGGAGCAUUUGGGAAAUGUCGUAGAGGCCUUGAUUGCUCUCACAGACUGAGGCCAGGAGCGUUGUCUGCGGUUGCCCUGGACAUGCUUGGGAGGAUCGUGGGGAUUCCACAGAGAGGGGAAACGACGUGAACAAGGUUGGACCUCGGGACAGGUCCAUUUGUUUAAAUACUAUCCACUGUUGCAGACAGGGUUGGAAGGGGUCCAGUCAGAUGGUGUGAUAUACAAGUGCUGCUUGUCACCAUUGCUGAUUCCUAAAGGUGGACUUCACCCUCCAGUCGGAAAAGAUCAAUAGGACUCAAAACUUGAACCAAUAAAUUACAAACGCACUCUCAA